UCCCUCCCUCUCGUAACCUCUCUCCUUUAUAACUCCCCGAACUUCUCUCUCAAUCUCAAGUUUCAAUUUCAGUUUAAGUCCUUAAUAUUUUGCAAUGGAAUCCGGUCAUCAUGAAGACUCGGUGAACUCAUCAAGUGAAGAAGAAGAAGAAGAUGAAGAAGAAGAAGAAGAAGAUCAACCGGAGGAAGAAAACAAUGAUGUGGGCAUGGGUCGGUCCUAUGAUUGUAUAUUUUGCAGGCGAGGAUUCAAUACAGCGCAGGCCUUAGGCGGGCACAUGAAUAUUCAUAGGAAAGACAAAGCCAAGAACAAUAGGUCUACUAUGAUUAAUUCAAAUAAGCAAGAAGAGUUUUAUAUCAAUCCCAGACUCGACCAAGAAAUUCCAAGCUACCCACCGCGUUAUGAAUAUUUUGCGACUCAGGAGGCUCAGGUUAGUUAUCAAACAUAUUUUCCAGCUUCAACAUCAAGUGCAAGACCCUCAUAUACACAUCAAAGCAAUGAAUUUUGUGGUUAUCAAAUCCCACAGCUGUUGAGUCCAUUCGGAGAUCAUGAUUGGAGGAUGGGUUUAAGCUUGCAAUUUGGUCUAGCACAUGGAGAAGAUGAAGAGAAGAAGAGCGAGCGGUGGAAGUGAAGAAGACGAAUUGGAUUUGGAGCUUCGGCUUGGCCACAAUCCAUAGUGCUAAAUAAUGGAGACAAUUAAUACAUAGGCAUAUAACUUUAUGUAUGAUAAGUUUUCGCCUUUUUGUACAUGCAGUAGGCCUAUCUUACAAACUUUUCUUACGCAACGCAAAUUAAAAUGCCAUUUGACACUCUUAACAAGAUGGCACUUCGCGUGUAUAAGCCUA